UCAGUGCAGUCUGCUCAACUUCCACACCAACCUUGACAAUCUGUGUCUUCAUAGAUCUCCAUAGGUGUUUAUAGAUCUAGAAAGGUACCAUAUGUUUGGGCCCUUUAUUUUGAGUUGUGAGUGCAUCCAAUUUUUGGGGGGAUACAUAUAGUGUAAUAUCAAUCUGUUGAAAAUAUCUAUCAGGUCAGGUGAAAGAGUCGUGCCUCUGUUAAAGUAAUGGAAAAGAUUGAUGUUACAUUAUGUCCCCUUCAUAUACACGCAGUAGCGCGCGAUGGUGCCGAACAUUCCCGAGUGACGUUCGGUCUUUUCCGUAAAAAACCGAGAGCGAGCCGAACUGUUGCCGAGUCGCCUUUUUCUUAUUCACGGUAGAUCAAAAGAGCAUUUUCAUUAUGUCCAUCUUUCACAAUUUUCCACAGAUUACUGAAGACCAUUUGCUGUUGAGGACCAUAUAGGACCAUUUUCUUACAACGAUAUGUUUUUGUUUGUUUUAAUCCAAGGCAGUAUGUGGUUAUGCCUAUGUGUUUUAAAUAGGGCGCCUGUGUGUGCUGUGUAGCCUCCACAUCCACACACAGGAGGAGGAGGAUGAGAGCACUGGGCGAAAGGACAACGUUCACAGCGCUGGAGACGCGGAGAUGCUGAACUCAGCCGACAGCUUGAAUUCGUUUCGAGAGGAGCAGUGUGGAUGUCAUCCUGGCGGAGGAAAACGCGGCUUUCAGCUCCGGUUGACAUUUCGGGGAGAAAUUGAAGACUGUGAGAAAGCAUCAGCUUGAGCUGGAAUGCUAUUAGGGAGCGCCAAGGCGUUCUGAACUGUACCCAGUGCUGCGUACCUCAACAUGACACUGCCGCGUAUCACAGGAUUCUCCAUUAGGCUACCCUAAAAAGAAAAGGCGUAAUCUAAGAGUCUGCCCAUGUAUUUACUGAAUUCUACCACAUUGCGAUGGGAAUAUACUGCUGAUGCUUAGGCUAGCGUUGAUGGGAAACCCGAAGACAUGACAUGCACACGAAAAAAAAGGAAACGACAUUUUUUGCUUUUUAAAUCCCGUGUUUACAUAAGCUAACGAGCCAACACCGGAGACUAGCGUUUUUCGACACGAAACAGGUUUUCUUUUGCGUUAUUUCUUUCCCCCCAGACGUAACCAUUUUGUUUAUUAAUUCGCCUUUUUUUUCUCCCCCAUCCAUCUUAUUACUCUUCCGGUUCUGUUCCUGGCUAAACGAGUUGACAGUCGAUACCCGGCCGCAGAUUUGGAUUCAUGUUUGAUUCUCGGAAAAAGGUGUGCCAUUGGGAAAAGAACGAUUUUUGCAUCAUUUGUGUGUUUUCGGUUCUUGCCAACUGCAACAAGCUCCUGUACAGGCCUGCUGCUGAGGACAAACUGGAGAUUUCCAGGUGUUGUGAAGGGUCAGGAGGAGAGAAAUUGUUGAAAGAGAGCCCCAAAGACAACUGUACAAAAUGAGGCAAUGCAGAACCAGCUACUCCUGUUCUACGUGAGACAACAAAUAGAGGCAACCACGAGGACGAAAAACAGCUCAACCGGAGGAGGUGGAGGAGGAGGUGGUGGUGGAGGUGACAGAAAAGGAGGUGUUGGUUCUAAAGGAGAGGACAAAGCUCUACAAUUAGAGCAGCAAGAGGUAUGGCCCACGGAAACGAGAGUAGUGAUGGGUCCCACAAUGCCCUGGCUGCAGUUGUGGCUACUGCGGGUGGCACCGUGAAUGAAGAGCCUUCAUCAGCUGUGUCUACCUACAUCAAGCUUGUCCUGCUAGGGCUGAUCAUAUGCAUCAGCCUAGUGGGAAACCUGGUGGUAUCUUUGCUAGUAUUAAGAGACAGAUCCCUUCACAAGGCCCCAUACUACUUCUUGUUGGAUCUUUGCUUGGCUGACACAAUUCGGUCAGCAGUCUGCUUCCCCUUUGUACUGGUGUCUAUUAAGAAUGGCUCAACCUGGACCUACAGUGUACUCAGCUGCAAGGUGGUAGCUUUCAUGGCCGUGUUGUUCUGCUUUCAUGCAGCCUUCAUGCUGUUCUGCAUUAGCGUCACACGAUACAUGGCCAUUGCCCACCAUCGGUUCUACUCUAAGCGUAUGACCUUCUGGACGUGUGUUGCUGUGGUGUGUAUGGUCUGGACACUUUCAGUUGCCAUGGCCUUUCCACCCGUAUUUGAUGUGGGCACCUAUAAGUUUAUCCGUGAAGAAGAUCAGUGCAUUUUUGAGCACCGUUAUUUUAAGGCCAAUGACACGCUAGGGUUCAUGCUUAUGCUGGCUGUGCUUAUCCUAGCCACUCACGUGGUCUACAUGAAGCUCUUGCUCUUUGAGUACAAGCACCGCAAGAUGAAGCCUGUCCAGAUGGUACCCGCCAUCAGCCAAAAUUGGACCUUUCAUGGGCCUGGAGCCACUGGCCAGGCAGCCGCCAAUUGGAUUGCAGGUUUCGGCCGGGGCCCAAUGCCACCUACCCUGUUGGGGAUCAGGCAAAACUUGCACAACCAGAACCGACGGCUGCUAGGCAUGGAGGAGUUCAAGGCAGAGAAGCAGCUUGGCAGGAUGUUUUACGUAAUCACUCUGUUUUUUCUGGUGCUGUGGUCACCAUACAUUGUUGCCUGUUAUUGGCGAGUUUUCGUGAAAGCAUGUACCAUCCCACACCGGUACCUCUCCACUACGGUCUGGAUGAGUUUUGCCCAAGCAGGGGUGAACCCCAUUAUUUGCUUUUUCCUUAACAAGGACCUCAAAAAGGGUCUGCUGGCUCAUUUGCCUCCCUGUUGUAGAACUAAACCUCAACUACCCCGUGAGCCUUAUUGUGUCAUGUAAAGACAAGUGUUUAUUCAUUUCUGUUAUCAUUUCCUUUAUUUCUGUUUGGCCUGAUCACAACUGGACAGGUAAUAAGGUUUACAAAAGGUAUUUGGUGUUGGAGGCAUGAGGGAUAUUUUCUUUUGAUGUAAGGUCUUUUGUUGACUUUUUCCAUGAUAUUAUUAAGGGAAAGGGUUCAGGGCUAAAAUGCGUGGCACUCAAUCAAAUGCAAAUUUGUUUUGAGAAACAGUGCUAUUUCAUAUAGCCUUGACGAUGCUAUAGUUCUGAGGACAAAAACUGUUUUCAGAACAAACUCGUUGUUGUUAAUGGGUGUAAGAGGGUUGGAAAUGUGAUUGCUCUAUGAAAAUAGUUAAACAAAACGUUAAAAUUAAUUCACUCAUUUAAUGAUCAUGUGCUGAUAAGCUUUAAAGCUUUUCUUUGGCAUUACUAUUUGAGAAAAUUACUUCUGAAAAAUGCAUAUAUGACAGUAUUAAAUCCAAUUGCAUGUAUUCUUACAUUUUUAAGUGCCGAGGGCCAAAAUAACUUAUGAGAUUUGAAAUGCAAAUUUGGUAUGUGAUUGCAAAAUUUUAACAUGACAGUUUUAAAUAUUUCCUAUAGAACACUGAUUCUUCUGGGGGUUUAGAAAUUUACACUACUUGAAAACAAGUUGAACACUAAUCUUUGAAGUUUAAUCUAAUAGACUGUAGUUGAACUUGCACUUGCUCCCAUGUCUCAUGACGUACCAUGUUUGUCUCUCUGUCAUAUUUAUAAAUUACUUUCCAUUGAUGAAAGUGCUUUAAUGCCGAAAACGACGAGUUCCCGUAUGAUGUGGUUGCUUAAUUCAUGAGUCAUACGUUGAUAUCAAAACAGAAAGUUUAAAACAGCAAAGUCUUUAUAAUAUAAAACUCAUCUUUUCUGAAAGCAUUCAACAUUUUUGUCUGCUUUUGAUGUUCUAGCCGAAAAUCCCCUGAUUGGAUACAUGUACAAAGCACUGAAACCGAGAUGUUACCGAAGUGAAUCAGACUUUUUUGGACGAUCCUUUAUGAUGUUUAAGAGUACAAAAUUGGCAGUUACUUGAAUCCAAUUUGAUGUCAUAUCAAUAAGUGCAUAACAACUUUCAACAUUUUAAAAGAAAGACGUUUUAUGAGAAAAUGCAGAACACCUGCACUUGCGUUAUUAAAUUAAGUGAUAUUCUAUUAUUAAAACAAUGUUAGUUGCGACAUUCAGCAUACAAUAUUAUUUAUAAUCAGGCUGUGGUUGUUUGACCUACCACAGAGGUCAUAUAAUAACACUCACUAACAAAAUAUGAAACUAAGCAUAUUAAAAUAAUAUUUAUGAGCAGUAUCAGUUGAUGAGGAAAAAAUAGGAUUUUACAUCACACAUUGUUUUAUUAAAUAAUGGUCCAGAACCAAGUGCAAGUAUUAUUAGGAAAGGAAGAUGUUUAGAUUAAUUGGCCUAAUGAUAAUAUUUUGCAAACAACAUUAGAAUGUGUUGACCAUUGAAAUGGUUUAUUUAAUUAUUUUAUUUGUUUGUUUGUUUGUUUUUUUUUGUUUUUGGGGGUGGCUAGUAAUAUGUUGAUUGGUAGAACGAUGUAGACGGAGAAACAGCGAUUGUAAUAUCUAGCUGAAUGUUACAGAGAGCAGGAAAUUGAGUUUUAAUGAGGUAGUCAGGUUCAGCUUGGGAUGGUCUAAUUCCUUUGUGCUCCAUUUUUUAAAGAUCAAAUUAAAAAAAAAAUAAAAAAAAGAAGAAACAAAACACAAUUUCAGGAAAAUGAAUGACUACACCAAGAGCUAAAUCCAUGUACCCACUACUAAAUGGGGAGAAAUCUUAUUGUUAUUUGCAUCUAUUGCCUUAGUCCAUUAUGAAGGUUUAAUACUACUGAUGCAAGGAGGAUUCGACAGCUCUAUGCCUCUAAAGACAUUGAGGGGGGUGGGAAACGAAUGCUGGGGGGGACAACACUGUGUCUUUGCUGACUAUUGGAGGACAUUCUUCAUUCCCCGUCACAACUAUACAAACUGAGGUCAAGAAGAAAAAUGCAUCAAAAGGGCAGUAAACUAGCUGGAAAAUAUUUGCCAAAUUGUGACACUAAUGUGUACAGUUUUGCACAGUUCAAUGGAAAGACUUGAAUUCCAAAACUUGAUUUCCGAGUGGAAUUAAAAGGAACUUCCUUCAUCCUUGUGGAAUUCUUUGAGACAUUUUGGGGUUUUGUUUCAUUUUUUUUCAUUUGUUUUCCCUUCUUCUUAUCUUUGGGGGUGGGAGAAAAGUAUGCAGGUGAAGGUUGGUGAUAUUGUAUGUAUUCAUAUGUUGAAAGGAUAAGAAAAAAGAACAAGUGCUCAUAUUGGUGUUUGGGAGGGAGGGCAUGUGGGCGGGUGAAAAGGGAGUGAUUUUUUUUUUGUAACAAGCAAAAAUGCCUGGUAGAACAUUUUUAGUUGCUUCAGGCAUUCUAUCUUUUGUAAAAUAACUGUGACCUCUGUGUGAAUUCCUGUGUAUUAUAUGGACUAUGGACUAAUGUCAAACUGGGGGGAGGGUAAGGGAUGGACUCUUGGUUAUCAUCUUUUUACCACGCAUGUGUGAGUGAUUGUUUAUGCCAAGUAUGAAUGUGGGAGAGGACUUGGUAAAGGGGGGGAGAGAGGGGCUGCUAGAGAUGAAACCAUAUCAAGCAUGGUCUUGACAGAGAUGGACAGCCUAAUGAAAAAUGUCACUCCUACAGUUGAUCAAGUUCACUCUCCUUUGCCAGUACAUACUUCUCUCGCAUCUUAUGUAUUUAAUAAGUUGUCCUUAAGAGGAAAUGACUCAGAAGGUUUUUUAAACACUAUUUUAGGUAAAACAGUUAAAAAUGUAAGAAUUAAUAAGACCUACAACAUACAAAUGGCCUAAAGCUUUCGAUUUGGAAAGGGUUUCAAAAUGGUAAGACUAAUAUUAACUGAUGAAAACGGGUACUGAUUCUUAAAAUACCACAAGGUCCCAGGGAAGGCAAAUAAAAUGGUAGCUCAGUGACUUGUCACACUGUUCUAUAAGUGUAGAUGACGUAUGAAAUAAUUGCUUAAAGCCAGAAUCUUAAUCCAGUAUGGAAACAUUAUUGGUUGCUCCAGGACUGUAAACUGCACUAUUUCCACAAUUGUUAUCUCUUAAUUCUCUACCAAUUUCAUGGUCACACGGAGCGCAGGAAAUAAAUGAAAGAAUAAUUGAAAUGCAAAUUAAUGGAGAGGAAUAUUAUUCACAAACGAAUAUUUAUAGGCUUUAGAUUAUGGUUAAAUUUAACAUAGCAAUGUUAAUUGCAAAGUUCAUGGACACAGUUUAAAUAUACUCUGGGUCUAAAUUGCCAUAAUGAUUCACUAUUAAGAUUUUAUUUCAGUCUAUGAUUAAGUUAAGCUUAUGUCUUUGAGUUUUGCCCUUUAGCACAAAAUAAGUUGGAUUUUUAUUAUUCCUGGUCAACUGCAACCUGAGAUACGACAUCCAUUUUCCAGAUUUAUAUAUCUUCAGUUUAAUUUCUAAUUUAAUUUAAAAGCUAGCAAAUCUACAUAUCAGAUUGAAUUAAGUGCAUAUCUUGUUUGCUUUAUUUCAAAUCUUUUAUCAUAAUUGUUUUAUCACACUUUUGUUUUUCUAAAUUGUGGCAAAUAAACACAUCUUGUGAAAUAAUUUUCUUUUUGAAGAGCAAAUAUAUACUUUAAAGAGAUUUUUGCAGCCCGUAUACCACAAAGGCCAAAAAUAUGAAUGAACUAAUGAGGCAUGAAAGAGGCAAAGAAAGAGAAUGCUCAGUUAUAACAUUUUUCGGAGUAAAAUAUUUCUUUGAUCAACUCUGAAGUCACAUUUUUCAUGAGUGUAUGAUAACUGAAAAGAAAUGACAGGGGGAAAAAAUGAGUGAGAAUGUCAAGUUCGAUUUCAGAUUCAGAUAUCUUGUUCUGUAAAUUAAAGGGUUUCCCCCCCCCGACAUGACAAUAAAAGUUUACUUUUGUUGCGUUUUGGACUGUUAA